UCUCGUCCGCUAAGGUUAAGUCCUCCGUUGUACAUCUCGGUCACCGAGUGUGAGGAGCUGGUUAGCAAACACGCUAAUGCUAAGGCUGCUGCCGAGCGGUUAGCGGCGCACCCAGCCAGCGGUUACGGGGUUUUAGUUUUAAAAACACGGCGCCGUUGACAGAGACCUUCGAGUUGACACGGCUUGUUUCUUUGUGUUUUACGUGGUUGGAGACGAGGACAAAGAUGCUGCCGGUCGUCUGGCAUCCGUACGGGUGGUUAUGCUCUCGACGCGUCCGUCUGGCGGUGCGGGCGGUCAUUGCCCAUCCGACGGACUGGCCGAUGGUCUGACAACAGGUCCCGUACCAGUAUGCUUGGUGGACAGCAGCCUCAGAAACACUAUGGAGUUACAUCCCCCAUCAGCUUGGCACACCCUAAGGAAUCUGACCACAUGUACACCCAGAAACUCAUAGAGGCAAUGAAGCCCUUUGGAGUAUUUGAGGAUGAAGUUGAGCAGAAUCACAGGUUGGCAGUUCUGGGAAAGCUUAACUCAUUGGUCAGGGAAUGGAUUGCUGAGAUUAGUGAAGAGAAGGAUCUUCCACCUUCAGCAAUAGCAAACGUGGGUGGUAACAUUUUUACGUUUGGUUCUUACAGACUUGGAGUUCACACCAAAGGAGCGGACAUCGACGCUCUGUGUGUGGCUCCCCGUCAUGUGCAGAGGGAAGACUUCUUCCAGUCUUUCUUUGAAAAACUCAAAAAGCAUGAAGAGAUCAAGGACCUGAGGGCCGUUGAAGACGCUUUCGUACCAGUUAUUAAAUUUAAGUUUGAUGGGAUUGAGAUCGAUCUCUUAUUCGCGAGGUUGGCUCUCCAAUGUAUCCCUGAAAAUCUGGACCUCCGUGGAGACUCUCACCUCAGGAACCUCGACAUCCGUUGUAUCCGCAGUCUGAACGGUUGCAGGGUCACUGACGAAAUCCUGUCUUUGGUGCCAAAUAAGGAGAACUUCAGGCUUACAUUGAGAGCUAUUAAGCUGUGGGCCAAACGUCGUGGGAUUUACUCCAACAUGUUGGGCUUCCUGGGCGGCGUCUCCUGGGCCAUGCUGGUGGCCAGAACCUGCCAGCUGUACCCAAACGCCGUGGCCGCCACACUGGUGCACAAGUUCUUCCUCGUCUUUUCCAAGUGGGAGUGGCCUAACGCAGUGCUGUUGAAGCAACCGGAAGAGAGCAACCUGAACCUGCCCGUCUGGGACCCGCGGGUGAACCCGUCGGACAGGUACCACCUCAUGCCCAUCAUCACACCCGCCUACCCUCAGCAGAACUCCACCUACAACGUCUCCACCUCCACGCGCACCAUCAUGAGCGAGGAGUUCCGAACCGGUCUCAGCGUCACUGACGAAAUUCUGCGUGGCAAGGCUGAGUGGCCGAAACUUUUCGAGCCACCAAACUUUUUCCAAAAAUACAAACAUUAUAUUGUGCUGACUGCCAGUGCGUCCACAGAGGAGAACCACUUAGAAUGGAUCGGUCUUGUGGAGUCCAAGAUAAGGGUGCUGAUUGGGAACCUGGAGCGUAAUGAAUACAUCACUCUGGCUCAUGUCAAUCCCCAGUCAUUCCCUGGGAGCAAGGACAGCCAUAGCGAGAACGAGUUUGUCUCCAUGUGGUUCAUCGGAAUCAUCUUCAAAAAAGUGGAGACCCCCGAGAGCGUGAACAUCGACCUGACGUACGACAUCCAGGCCUUCACAGACACUGUGUACAGGCAGGCCAACAACAUCAACAUGCUGAAGGAAGGCAUGAAGAUUGAAGCAACUCAUGUGAAGAAGAAGCAGCUCCACCAGUAUCUUCCCCCAGAGGUCCUUCAGAAGAAGAAGAAGAGUUUGGCAGAUAUAAACCGCACCUCCAACGGAGGAUCGAAACGCACUUCGCUGGACGGGAGCCAGCUAGACAGCUCCAGAGACACGGACUGCGGCACGCCAUUCAGCUCCCCAACCCCCGUAAGCAAGCCCUGCAAGGCAGACUCCGACAGCGAGGACAGAAUCUCGCCACCCAAGCCACAAGUACCUCUGUUUUGUGAAGUUUCUCCAGUGAAGGAGAAUUCCUCCCCUAGCCCAGAGCAAGGCAUGUCCAUCCCGGUGAUUGGAACAACUGGGAACUCCAUCCCCAUGCUGUUGAGUCGGGGUGUCCCACACCUUACCUCGCCCACGACCAAGCCCGUCACAGUGAACGGUACAGGCGGCACCAGCUCUGCACCCAAGAGACCACACUCUCCGCCCCCAUCAGAGGAAUCUCCCAAGAGGCUCAGGGGCACAGACAAGCUUUCCUCUGACAGUUCGACAGCUCAGGACCCCUGUCCCCCUUCCGAAGAGAGGCUCGAGCAUAGGGACAGCCCCGUGCCGGUGGGUGUACAGUCACUGCAUCUGAAUGUCAUGCAAAGCUGAGCCCCUCUUCCUUCCAAGCAACAGCUGCUGGGUCU